UGGAAAAUUUAGCCAAGCUAUUGAGAAAUUUGGGAUGCAGAAAAGCAAGUCAGAUCAUUCUAUUUUCUAUAGACACUCUAAUGGAGGUAUUAUUCUGUUAGUUGUAUAUGUGGAUGAUAUUGUAAUCACAGGUAGCGACUCUAGCGGAAUUUCGUCUCUAAAGUCCUUUCUUCAUACUCAGUUCUAUACCAAAGACUUGGGGAUGUUAAAGUAUUUCUUGGGAGUUGAAGUUAGCACGAGUAAGAAGGGAAUCUUUCUAUCACAGAGAAAGUAUGUACUUGAUUUACUGUCGGAGUCGGGAAAUUUGGGUGCUAAACCAUGUAGUACCCCAAUGGUUCCUAAUUUACAAUUAACCAAAGAAGGUGAAUUGUGUGCAGAUCCUGAGAGGUACAGAAGACUAAUCGGAAAGUUGAAUUAUCUUACUGUGACACAUCCUGAUAUUGCUUAUUCAGUGAGUGUGUUAAGCCAAUAUAUGUCCUCACCAACUGUUGACCAUUGGAAAGCAGUCGAACAAGUUUUGCACUAUUUAAAAUGUGCUCCUGGACGUGGAAUCCUAUAUGGCAAUCAUGGUCAUACUAGGAUUGAAUGUUUUUCAGAUUCAGAUUGGGCAGGGUGUAAGGAAGAUAGGAGAUCUACUUCAGGAUAUUGUGUUUUUGUUGGGGGAAAUUUGGUCUCAUGGAAGAGUAAGAAACAGAAUGUCGUCUCACGAUCCAGUGCGGAAGCUGAAUAUAGAGCUAUGGCCAAGUCUGUGUGUGAAGUCAUAUGGGUAUAUCAGCUCCUUAGUGAAGUAGGAAUUAAGGUCUCAGUACCUGCCAAGCUAUGGUGUGAUAAUCAAGCUGCACUUCACAUUGCUUCCAAUCCAGUCUUUCAUGAACGAACGAAACACAUUGAGAUUGAUUGUCAUUUCGUUCGUGAAAAGAUCCAACAAGGUUUGAUCACUACAGGUUAUGUGAAGACUGGAGAACAAUUAGGUGAUAUAUUCACAAAAGCUCUUAACGGGGUCCGGAUUGAUUAUCUAUGUAACAAGCUGGGCAUGAUUAAUAUCUAUGCUCCAGCUUGAGGGGGAGUGUUACAGAU